GCUGUUGCACACGGCGUCUUUACUUGACCCUAGUGAUUCGGGAGCAAAUAUCGCGAGAAACCUCGAGAGUUAGUGCAGUGUGUCCUCCGCAGCCUCCCCAUCACCUUCCGCUCUACCGCUCUACCUCCUGCUUCUGCCAGCACGUUCAGCAUAUCGUGUUUGCAAUACACCGAGUUUAAGGAUUAUCGCCAUGGCUGAUGCUACACUUUCUUUUGCUAAAGACUUUUUGGCCGGUGGUGUCGCAGCGGCUAUUUCCAAAACCGCAGUCGCACCGAUAGAGAGAGUCAAACUGCUGCUGCAGGUACAGCAUGCCAGCAAGCAGAUCAGUGCAGACAAACAGUACAAAGGUAUUAUCGACUGUAUUGUGAGGAUUCCUAAGGAGCAAGGCUUUGCUUCCUUUUGGCGCGGAAACCUAGCCAACGUCAUUCGCUAUUUCCCCACACAAGCCCUCAACUUUGCCUUCAAGGACAAGUACAAACAGAUAUUCUUGGGUGGCGUUGAUAAGCACACGCAGUUCUGGCGAUACUUCGCCGGCAACUUGGCCUCUGGUGGAGCUGCAGGAGCCACUUCCCUCUGCUUUGUCUACCCCCUGGAUUUUGCUCGUACCCGCUUGGCUGCAGAUGUUGGCAAAGCUGGCAGCAGCAGCAGAGAGUUCACUGGGCUGGCUGACUGCCUGGCCAAAAUCUUUAGGUCAGAUGGGUUGCGGGGUCUGUACCAGGGCUUCAACGUCUCUGUCCAGGGCAUCAUUAUUUACAGGGCCUCCUACUUCGGAGUCUAUGACACUGCUAAAGGCAUGCUUCCCGACCCUAAGAACACCCACAUUAUGGUCAGCUGGAUGAUUGCACAAACUGUGACGGCAGUGGCUGGCGUGGUGUCCUAUCCAUUUGACACUGUGCGGCGUCGCAUGAUGAUGCAGUCUGGGCGCAAAGGAGCGGAUAUUAUGUAUACUGGAACCCUUGACUGCUGGAGAAAGAUCGCUCGUGAUGAGGGUGCAAAAGCGUUCUUCAAAGGGGCUCUGUCUAAUGUAUUCAGAGGAAUGGGGGGCGCUUUUGUGCUCGUGCUUUAUGAUGAAUUCAAGAAGUUUGUUUAAACAAUGUACUAAAUGUACUAAAAGAUGUACUAACUAUGUACUAACAAUGUACUCAAAGAUAGUAGAAUAGCUUUUACCGCACAGCUUUGUCAAGCUUUAAACAAACCCUCUCCACUCCUCUACCACUCAGUCUUGGUAAAAUUGUGUUAGAUGCCAAAAGCAAUUAAUAAUUUUCACUAAUUUUGUUUGUGGCUAUAUUUUAUGUUUAGAAAAUGCUCUGUCAUUUUAUGAUAAAUAACCCUUAUUUUAUCCAAAAACAAAAAAAAGCAGUCAGAGAAAUAUUACAGAUACAAUUAUAAAAUUGGAAAUAUAAGGAAAGCUGUUGUAUAUUUAUGCUCAAAAUUGUUUAAAAUAUAUAUGAAUUUAUUGAUGUUGUCUAUAAUACUGUAUGUAUUUCUUCAUAAAUCUGAGCCAUCAGUUCCGUGCAAUACCACAAUACGUCCUCAAGAUGGAGUGACACGACGGCGCUUUGUCCUGCAUUCGUUCAGUACCAUGCUCUUGAAGUCCUUCAGCUCAGUUUUUCAGUUCUUCUAGUCAGGAUCUGUGGUAACAGGGGUAUACAAUAUCACUCUCAAAAAAAAAAAAAGUGGAGUACAAACACA